GGUGCCCGCCGGGGGUUUCUCACCUUGCCGCUGCGGCCGGGCACAGACGCGCGGCGGAGAGUUGAGCGUGGAGGAAGUUUGGGGGAGUAACUCGGCGGCUCUGUUUCGGGAGGGAUUUUUAUGUGUUCUUUUUUAUUUUAUUUCAUUUUCUUGCCCGGCUCACAACUCCCUCAGCCGCUCGGGCAGCCCGCACGAGCAGCGAACGCAGUGCGGGCGGCAGGCAGAGCCGGGGAGGGCAGCAGCUCGGCGGGCACAGCCGCGUUUCUUCGCAGAGCCGCGGUCCCGUGCACAGCGGAUCCCAAUGCAACUGCUCAUCCUCCUCCUCCUCUACGCCGUCGUCUGCGCGAACUUUUGCAGCCGUCAGGGCACCACCGCCCCUGCCCAAAGCGGAUCUAUCAGAGCCCUGCGCUCCUCCAACGUCAGGCGGGAUGAGAGCAAUCACCUCACAGACUUGUACCGAAAAGAAGAGACCAUCAGUGUGGCAGGGAAUGGCUGCAUCCACAGUCCUCGCUUCCCGAGCAGUUACCCCAGGAACCUCCUGCUGACGUGGCGGCUGCACUCCCCGGAGAGCACCAGGAUCCAGCUGGCUUUUGAUCAUCAGUUUGGACUGGAGGAGCCUGAAAAUGAGAUCUGCAGGUAUGACUUUGUGGAAGUGGAAGAUUUAUCAGAGACCAGCACAGUUAUACGAGGACGGUGGUGUGGGCACAAGGAAGUACCUCCAAGAAUAACAUCAAGAACAAAUCAGAUAAAGAUAACCUUCAAAUCCGAUGACUAUUUUGUGGCUAAACCAGGAUUCAAGAUUUGUUACUCCCUCGUGUGUAGCUCAAAAGAGGCAGAUUUUGCAAACACUCAGGAAAUGGAUGAUUUCCAGCAUGCAGCCUCAGAAACUAACUGGGAAUCAGUCACAAGCUCUGUCUCAGGGGUCUCAUAUCCCUCUCCAUCAGUGACCGACCCUACGCUCACAGCAGAGGCCCUGGAUCAGACUAUUGCUGCAUUUGACACUGUGGAAGAUCUGCUUAAACACUUCAAUCCAGACUCGUGGAAAGAAGAUCUCGAGAAUUUGUACACAGAAAGUGGCCACCAUUAUCGAGGCAGGAGCUACCAUGAUAGGAAGUCCAAAGUUGACCUGGACAGGUUGAAUGAUGAUGUGAAGCGCUACAGCUGCACUCCGAGAAACUACUCUGUCAAUUUAAGGGAAGAACUGAAGCUGACAAAUGCCGUUUUCUUCCCUCGCUGCCUCCUUGUCCAGCGCUGUGGAGGGAAUUGUGGCUGUGGGACUUCAAAUUGGAAAUCCUGCACAUGCGUGUCUGGGAAAACAGUGAAAAAAUAUCAUGAGGUGCUGAAAUUUGUCCCUGAGGCUGAGCAUCCCCGAAAGAAAGGCAAAGCAAGAAAGAACAUGGCUUUAGUAGAUAUACAGUUGGAUCAUCAUGAUCGCUGUGAUUGUAUCUGCAGUUCAAGACCACCCCGAUAAAAAAAAAUUAAAAAAAAAAAAAGGAAAGAAAAAA